AUGGCGGCGGCAACAGUGGCACCCACUCAUGUGGUUCACCAUGACACAAGUCGAGCUGCUGUGUCGACAACGGCCCUGGGCGUGUGCAUACUUCGGGCCUGGGAGUCGAAGAAGCCAGAGGAGCAUCGACUCUUCCACGAUCCCUUUGCCGCCAUCAUCUGUGGCAGUGACAGCAUGGAGCUUCCCCUCAUGGAAGAGGUGGGGAAAAACAAAGACUUCUGGAUGGACUUUAUCGCGGUGAGGACCCGCUGGAUCGAUGAACAAGUUACUGCUCCCACCACGGAGCAGCUGGUGAUCUUAGGUGCUGGGAUGGAUACUCGCGCCUACCGCCUAGACGGGUUGAAGGGCACCCCGGUUUUCGAGGUGGACUUCCCCGAGGUGUUGUCCGCGAAGGCAAAGCUCCUGGAGGGCCACCAGCCACAAGCAAAACUGACGAAUGUCGUGGCAAAUUUGAGCCUGAAUAGUUGGGAUGCUGAUCUGCGCACCGCUGGCAUGCAGCCUGUGCCAACCAUGUGGUUGCUGGAGGGCUUGACGGGCUACUUGACAGAGGCCGAGCUCGAAGCACUUCUCACCCAGCUGUCAAAGCUUGCAGAUCCAAGCUCUCGGAUGACAGCAACUUUUGUAGGUCGUGACAUGAAGGAAAAGGCUACUUCCAUGCACCGCUACCUCGUGACCGGACCCGAUCAGAUUUCGGCGCUGCUAGGGAAGUUCGGAUGGCACUGCAAGAUCCACACCAUCGCCGAGAUUUCCCGCCUCUACGACCGCGCAGAGCAUCUACCCCGGGACUAUGCGUAUUUCUUAGUCUCUGCCUGGCGAGCUGCCUGA